GGUUUCAAGAGUUUUUUCCAUAUUACAAAGAACCUGCAAUUAGGCUUUUUCCAUAUAUAUUGACAGGCUGACCAGAGGCGUCAGCAACUAGGGUGUUAAUCCAUAAAAGAGAUUUCUUCAAAGUUGAACAAUACGAAAUCUCUGGAGAAAAGAAAAGUUGAAAGAAUGGCAACAAUUUCUGAUCUUCCAAGGGAUUUGUUAGGGGAGAUCCUCUCUAGGGUUUCAUUAACAUCUCAAAGCUUAGCACGAUCUACUUGUAAAACGUGGAAUGAUUGGUUGAAAAAUCAAGUGCUUUUUGGCCAAAAAGCAAGGAAGGAUCAGUUUCUGGAGUUCAUGGUAGUAGAUCACAGUGUUUGUUUACUGAGAUUCGAUUUGCAAGGAAUCCUCAAUGAUGACGACGAGCUGGGUGCAGGUUCGUUUAUGAAGAAAAUAAGUAUACCUAAUUUCGAAGUCAAGAUAUCUCAAAUCUUCCACAGCAACGGCUUAUUGUUAUGCGUCCUCAAAGACGACUACACGAACACGAAGCUCUUGGUGUGGAACCCGUAUCUGGGGCAAACCAGACUGAUCCAAACGAGAAGAGAUGUAUCGGCAUCGUAUGCUUUCGGGUACGACAACCAAGGCAACCACAAAAUCUUAAAGAUUUUUAAUGAAUACAAAGGCUUCGAGAUCUAUGACUUUAUAUCUGAUUCGUGGAGGGUCGUUGUUGAUGUCAAUCUCCCCUAUUAUAAACCACUACUUUAUCAUACUGGCCUGCCACUGAAAGGAAAUUCUUAUUUUCCCCGUGAAGGGAAUAAAGAAUUGACCAACUUUACAAAUAAUUUAGUCUGUUUCGAUUUUACAACAGAGAGGUUCGGACAGUGUCUGCCUCUGCCUUACACACUUGAACCUCAUUCAGUUGAUCUAUUUUGGGUUACAGAUGAGAAGCUAGCUACCGCUGUGUUACAUCGUCUCCAGGGCACAUUAGAGAUAUGGAUUACGACUAAGAUUGAGCCUAAUGCUGUAUCUUGGAGCUCUAUUUUGACGCUGGAUAUGAGACUAAUCAAUGGUUUACCAUAUAAUUUUCUGGCUUAUCCUCGGAGCUUUUUCAUUGAUGAGGAGAAUAAAGUUGCUGUGUUUAUUGAUAGAAUCCUCAAGACCCGUCCGUACCAAAUAGCUUACAUCAUUGGAAAAGAUGGAUACGUAAGAUCUGUCAACAUCAAUAGACCACGUUCCGAUCACUGGGAUCGUGGCCUUCUUGUGUGUUCUUAUGUUCCAAGUUUAGUCCAACUGCAAAAUCAACCAACCGGGAGAAACUAAAGAAAAAAUCAACCAACCAGAGAGAGAGAGAGAGAGAAUAGUUAAACAACCGGGUUAAAGGAGAUAAAGGAAUGAUGAU